AUGGCGCUCGCCGGCUUCUCACAACCUCUGCAACCCGGUCGAAACAAGUUGAUCUGCGUAGAAGAUGACGCUCCAGAAAGUGUCAAAUCUAGGCCACCCAGUCCCAAAAGCGAGCACAGUGAUAGUGGCAACGCCAAAGCUAUACCAGGGAGCCCCCCCAAGCCGACAACUCCAGAAGCACCUCGGAAUAGCCCGACGAGGAGUAAAAUACGCUCUUCAAUGAAUUUGCUUACCAACUCCGAGACUAUGAAACAUAAACAUGAGAAUAAAAUCGAGGCAAUUUAUACGAUGCCGAUUGAUAACGACAUAGUCGAUGCUAGGGUAUAUGACCUUCUUGAGGGCCAAGAGCCGAAUUUCAAGGAAGGUGGACACGAAGAGGCACAAUCCUUUGUUAAGGCGGAGCUCAUCAAGAACAAAUCUAUUCCGUUCAAAUAUUGGCUUGAGCAGCCUUGUCCUUCACAUCGCAAUACGGGAGACCAGGUUGCACCUUGUGUGACCUUGAGGCGUGGCCUCCAUGACUACAUGAUGGAAACUAGUCCGGGAUAUGCGCAGCGGCAGGAGUUAAUGCGCGAAUUGGGAUUCGUUACUACAGGAGGAAGUUCGGCUUCUCAGUGUCUUCGAAUUGGUCACUUGGGUGCUGGCGAGCUUCCAGCGCACGCUUGGGGUGUAGAGAGCUUUCUCAAAACAGAGAUCCCGUCACCGUGGAGACAGCCUUGGUUUCCAGACCGUGGAUUAACAGUAUUUGAGCGGACAGUGCCAUCUGGGAAUACUGCAUCUGAGGAAGCUUUUCAAAAGGCUACAAAUUGGUUCCGUGAAUGCAACGACACCCAUGAAGAUUGCUCGGCUGGAGAGAUCUCAGAGAUGCCUGACCGAGUUCUCGACAUCGCUGCUAAAGACACUGCUUCCGGCGUCAAGUUGGUUCAAACGAAUGGUAGAAAGGCCAGAUACGCUUGUUUAAGCCAUCGGUGGGGGAAGGAAACAUCUCAAGCCACGAAGCAAAAUGUUGAAUCACUCUGCAACGAAGUGCCGUGGGACUACCUCUCGCCUACUUAUCAAGACUCGAUAACAUUUCUGCGAAAAUUCUCAAAAUGGCACCAAGACCAGUACGGGGAAGAGAUACGCUAUAUAUGGAUCGACAGCUUGUGCAUUAUACAAGACUCCAAGAGCGACUGGAAGAAACAUUCUCUCAAAAUGAGCGACAUAUAUUCCAACUCCUCCAUCACCCUAGUAGAGAGUCAUGGACUUCACACUGAGAAAAGAUUGUUCCAAGACUCUACUGCUAGGCGGGGUUCAAAAUCUGUAUCCAUUCAAGACGCAGAAGGCAAUCAUCAUGAGUUGCACUAUCGACACACCAUCUACCAUCCCACAUUCAUGGUCAAGGAUGAUGAUAUUCCAGUUUGGAAAAGAGCAUGGGUGUUUCAAGAGCGACUUUUGUCGCGCCGCCUUCUCAUUUUUGGGCCCGAUGAGCUUUCAUGGCAAUGCGCAAGUCACCACAAGUGCGAAUGUGGUCUCGAGCAACUCGAAACACAAAGUGAUAAACUCAUGAAAGAAUGGGAGGAUAACAUUCACAUUCCACUGCAUUCGGCAAGUAGCAGAAGAGAUAUGCAGCGCACGCUCGGCAACAAUCCCUCCCACAAGCAACUUCGAAAAGCCUGGAGACUCGUUGUUGAGGAAUAUUCGCGGCUUGACUACACGUACCGCAGCGAUACUCUGUUCGCCAUAGCAGGUCUUGCAAAGAACUUUAAUGCAAGAUUGGGCGGUAAAAAGUACUUCGCUGGCAUCUGGUACGACGAAUAUGAUGAGCUGCAAGGAGGUGAAGAGGGUGCAGACUGGGAGCCUCAAGCAGAAACAGCCUUGGACCUGUUAUGGAGGCUCGCAUAUUUUAAAGAUGCAGAGCGAGAGGAUCUUCCCGAACCCGCGGUUCCUAUAUCAUGGAGCUGGGCAUAUCCGGAAUGCGAAGUCAUCUACCCGUUUCAUGACGAUGAGGUGAUCAAUCAGUAUACUCUGGUGGCAUCAAUAGGAGGCGCUAUGAAUGUUCCCAAACUGCCUGACGAUCACGAUGAGCCGCGAGAUUGGGUGAUGGAUGACAUGUACACAGAGGUGCCUCCCUCUGCAAUUAUUCUCGCCGGUCCUCUCUGGAAGACGGAGGUUACUGCCGCGCCGCAUCUAUUUACGAUUAAAGAUACUGAGUAUCCGGAGUACACUUACUUCUUGGGGGCCAUGUCGGCCGAGAUUCUUCAAGAAAGCGCCGUCGGAAGACAGAUUCGCCAAACAAGACUUAUUAUCACACCCCCCAAAAAUGAGGGUGAGAGCAAUGAAUCUGCAGUCAACAAGAUGCCGCAACUUGUCUUUUACCCAGACAGCACGAAAACCGUCAUUACUGAAUCGCUCUACUGUCUGCCGAUGGCCAGUUUUAAGCGCCUGCCUAUCAAAGCCACUGUAAACGAGAAGGUCGUAUUUGCCGCCUUGGUACUGGAGCCAGUGGGGCACAAGGCAAAUACCGAGGGCUACGAUCCGGAUUUAUCGCAUAGAGAUCCUUCGGAAUUGGUCUUUCGGAGAGUUGGAUUGGCCUAUAUGACGGAUGGAGGCUGGGCCGAAGAGCAUGAUAAGAUGUUAGAAAAGAUGCCCGCCAACAUCGUGUACAUAGUUCAGUGA